UUGAUUGCACUACUAAUCCAUGCAUGAAUAAUGGUACUUGUGAGAGUAAUAAUUUGUGCAAUUGUGAUGGAACUGGUUACACAGGCACCUCGUGUGAAACUGCAGAAUCUACAGAUAGCGAGGAUCCUGUAUUGACAUGUCCACCUGACACCAGCUUAUCAACUGACGGAGGAAUGUCGACAGCUACUGUCACAUACAAUGCUUCGGAUGUUACAGUAACUGACAACUCAGAGGAAAUUCUCGUUCCAACUACCACAACAUCAUUUCCAGCUCAAUUUGUGAUAGGACCAAAUAAUAUAACGUAUACAGCCACUGAUUCCUCAGGAAAUACCGGUAGUUGCGCGUUUACAGUAACGGUUACAGAUAGCGAAGAUCCUAUAUUGACAUGUCCACCUGACACCAGCUUAUCAACUGUUGGAGGAAUGUCGACAUCUACUGUCACAUAUAAUGCUUCAGAUGUUACAGUAACUGACAACUCAGAGGAAACUCUUGUUCCAACUACCACAACAUCAUUUCCAGCUCAAUUUGUGAUAGGACCAAAUAAUAUAACGUAUACAGCCAGUGAUUCCUCAGGAAAUACCGGUAGUUGCACAUUUACAGUAACGGUUACAGAUAGCGAAGAUCCUGUAUUGACAUGUCCACCUGACACCAGCUUAUCAACUGACGGAGGAUUGUCGACAGCUACUGUCACAUAUAAUGCUUCGGAUGUUACAGUAACUGACAACUCAGAGGAAACUCUUGUUCCAACUACCACAACAUCAUUUCCAGUUCAAUUUGUUAUAGGACCAAAUAAUAUAACGUAUACAGCCACUGAUUCCUCAGGAAAUACCGGUAGUUGCAUGUUUACAGUAACGGUUACAGAUAGCGAAAAUCCUGUAUUGACAUGUCCACCUGACGGCAGCUUAUCAACUGACGGAGGAAUGUCGACAGCUACUGUCACAUACAAUGCUUCGGAUGUUACAGUAACUGACAACUCAGGGGAAACUCUUGUUCCAACUACUACAACAUCAUUUCCAGCUCAAUUUGUAAUAGGACCAAAUAAUAUAACGUAUACAGCCACUGAUUCCUCAGGAAAUACCGGUAGUUGCACGUUUACAGUAACGGUUACAGGUUAG